AUGAAUGAAGGCGACUGGACUUGCGACGCCAACGACGCCGUCCAUCUGACGAUCGUUCAACCCGGCGAGACGAAAGCCAAGACGAUUUCCAGUUUCCACCCUCAGUUCACAUAUCCCAUUUUCGGCGACGAGGAGCAAAUAUUCGGCUAUAAGGGGUUGAUCAUCCGCUUGCGGUUUGCAGCCCAUGACCUCCGCCCGAAUAUCAAUAUCUCUUACGAUGAGAAGUUCAAGCCCGUCGGCGAUAUUGCCGCCGUCGACCUGCUGAAAACACUGAAGCCAUGGGUUCCUGAAGAGGCCUUCGGCUUACUUCCCGACUAUGAAAAAGCCGUCCAGGAGGACGAAGAUGCAAAGGACUUUGUACCACCUGGCAAGCUUGUUCAUAGCUAUGUCACUCGAGACAGAAAUUACGAAAUCUGGGCCGGCUCCCUUGCUGAUCCUCAAGUCCGACGACUACUGGACCGCGCGCAAAUUUUUGUAUCGCUGUUCAUCGAAGCCGGUACACCCUUGGUCACGGAUGAUCCUGAAUGGACACUUGAGAGAUGGACAGUCUACUUUGUCUAUGAGAAAGUGAAACCGCCCACGCCAACGGCCUCACAAUAUUCCAUCGUCGGGUAUGCGACCACUUAUCGCUGGUGGUUCUACCAGAGAGACACUACACAGAGUCGCUCCCUGCCGGCUCGGCUACGAAUCGCUCAAUUUUUGAUUCUCCCUCCUCAUCAAGGCUCGGGACAUGGGACUCAUCUCUACACCACCAUUCACGCCGCAUGCUUCAAGGACCCGACAAUUACCGAACUGACUGUCGAAGAUCCGAAUGAGGCUUUCGAUGCCCUCCGCGACACAGCCGACUACCAUAUCUUGUUGCCGGAGUUCCUCAAGCACAAGGUAUACAUCAACCCCAACCCUUAUGGAGAGCUCCCCAAGAAGCAGCGCCCUCGGCGUGUCCCUACGUCGGCACUGAUCCCUACGAAGCUGUUGCACGACAUCCGCUCGUCAUUCAAGAUUGCCUCCACUCAGUUCGCUCACAUCAUGGAGAUGUAUCUUCUGGGUCAAAUACCUGCCAAGAAUCGCCUAGCUGGUGGAACGAAUAUGUCCCGACUACUGAUCAAGAAGCAUAAUGCCGAAGAUCCUAACGACCGCCGAUACUACUGGUGGCGUAUGCUCACCAAGCAGCGUCUUUACAAGCGCCACCGGGAUCUACUCAUUCAACUUGACUCGAGCGAACGCAUCGAGAAGCUGGAGGAGACCGUGACGAACGUCGAGGAGGGCUACGAUGCUCUUCUCAAGGCCUUCAACGCCCGCGAGGCAGCGCUGAAGGCCAAGGAAGAGGAGGCCGGUGUGCUUGCAACCCCAGAAUCGACCGCUGUUCUGGGUGAGGCAAGCAGCAGAGAUCAGCGGGUAAAGCGGAAGCUCACAGUCGAGGAUGAGGAAGAUGAAGAAGAGAACGAAGAGGCAGCUAAGCGGACAAAGGUGUGA